CUCGCUGUUCGAACUGUCAACACGCACUUUUCUAACGCUCCGUGUUUGGACGGUUGUUUCCGAUAAUUAUCGCGGUUUUCUCAUCGUUUUAAGCGUGUGCAGCUUACCAGUCACUCUGCUCACCUGGCUUAUCGAUACAUUCAGUGUUUUCCGUGUAAAUUCAUCGUGUGGCUUCUGUUUGAUUGGCUUUUGUUAAGUGGCGCCUAUCUUCGGUCAUUGUCAUAGCGAUCUCUUCAAUGGCUGACCAGUGUUUAUCGUGUACGAGAGCGGCGGCGCCUGAGGACCCAUCAUACAGGUGUGAUGGUUUUUGUAAGCGUUGGUCCCACCGUUCGUGCCUGGGUGUGAGUAGCGCCGUAUUCAAGGAGCUGACCAAAGGAAGCGCGCAGUUCCUCUGGUUGUGCUCCAGCUGUGCUGAGCUACGUUGCAGCGGUCGCUCUGUUGUGAUAGCGGAAUUGAGUGCUGCACUGACGGAUCUCAGAACUCAGCUUAUGGAAGAGUUUGAGUCACGGUUAACUGCUGCAUCGGAGAGAAUUAAAGGUUCUGUGCUUGGAUCACUCUCGCAUCUCAUCAACGUUCGUCACCCUCCCCAUGCCUCAUCAUCAACCAUCACGCGGACUGCCCUAGCCACAAACACCUCUGCAUCAACCACUCACACACCUCCUGUUGAUAGCACUAAUCCAGCGAAACGCCGGCUGAUUGACCGAUCUCCACCGUCUGAUGUGAUGUCGCCCCCGCCCACACUACUUACCGGUACUGCCCCGAUUACAUCUGCAUCUCACGCCGCACUAUUGCUUCCACCAGAAACGCCUAAAUUCUGGCUGUAUCUUUCCCGGUGCCGUCCACUGGCUACGGUACAAGAAGUGCAGGCAUUUGUUAAGGAGCAACUCGGUGUGGAUGAUGUCAUUGCUAGGAAGCUGGUACCGGCCAAUCGAGAUCUCAGCACUCUGACCUUUUCUUCGUUUAAGGUCGGCUUGUCGCUUGAGCUUCGCGAGCGAGCGCUGUCUCGUUCCUCGUGGCCCGUGGGUACAGUGUUCAAGGAGUUUUCGGAGCGACGCACAAAUAAUCUUACUACACUUUCUCCGUCCGAGGAUCGCCUCGUUAAAAUUGCCGGUGCACCACACGCGGUCGCAGAUCAACUGGAAGGCAUGGCUCAGCCUAACGAUCCUAGCACGACUACAUUCAGUUCCAGAUUAACCCAUAACAUCAACACCAACACAACAGUCAGCUGUGUUAACCAAUUACACACCUCACCAUCCAGUGAUGACACCUCGAGUUCAUCGUCUCCAACACCACCCCAGUUAUUGCAAUAACAACAACUGUAAC